CAGUCUUCCUUGAGUGACAGCUCUGUAGUCCAAUAGGAACGUGACGCCGAGGGUUUGCGCGAGACUGUGUGUGGGCUCGCCUCUCGCGAGAGCUCUGUGUUUGUGGGGGGUGAGCGAGUAGUAGCGGGUGACAGUGGGGGAGCCGGUGCUGCGCCGCGCCAUCCGCCCCCCUCCCCCAACCGCCAUGGCCUGGGCCGCCGCCGCCGCCUCCCCGGCGGACAAGGAAAGAUUCAUCUGCAUCUAUCCAGCAUACUUAAAUAACAAGAAGACAAUAGCAGAAGGAAGAAGAAUACCUAUGGACAAAGCCAUUGAAAAUCCCACAUCUACAGAAAUCCAAGAUGUAUGUGCAGCAAUUGGACUCAAUGUGCUUGUAGAGAAGAACAAGUUGUACCCUAGAGAGUGGAACCGUGAUGUGCAAUAUAGAGGCAGAGUACGAGUUCAACUCAAGCUGGAAGAUGGCAACCUAUGUUUACCUCAGUUUCCAACACGUGAGUGCAGUAGUGAGGGGGUAUGUGCAGUGAGAAAACUUGGGUAACAAUAUAUUUUUACCUAUUUAGAAAAAGUUAGGGUCUGUUGCCAUAAUGUCAGGCUGUGUUUGUCUCCCAUGCUAAUGUUAUUGUGACCAGUCUGUUAAAACAUUAAUAGAGAACUUUGUCGUUAGGCAUUUUAGUUCCUACCAUUUGAAACAUUUGGCCACUAUAAGCCAUAUAAACUGGUAGCUAAAUGAGAUGAGCCAGAGCCUGUUAGUGAGGAAGUGAUUCGGUUUUAGGGUACGAUCGUCAGUCCAGUUUUUCCUUAGAUGGUGCUUCAUUCUCAUUUUAAAAAUUGGGAAUUGAACAUUCUUUUGGGCACACUGUGUGACCACUGUCUCCAACAAAGCAGUAGUGCUACUUUAGUGUACUGUGUUGUGGUAGACGGUUUCGCUCCCAAAAAAAAAAAAAAUUCUGCUUUAAAACUACUGUAUUUCACUUAGUUUUUUCUUGUGUAAACUGUUGUCAUACCUCAGUUAAAUUUCAGUGCAGUUGAUAAACUGAUGUAGUAAUCCUGUUUGAUAUUGCAGUUUUCUGCCUAAAAUGCUCAUAGGAAAUCUAAAAUACUAACUGGCCUAACUAAAGAAGCUUUGUUAAUAUUGACAGGUAAGUGAGGAAUUAGUGUGCAGAAAGAAUAGGGGGCAAAGACUAAUCUACAGAAAGAGAGAAUGGAAGUGCUGGAAACUAGAAAGUGCCAUUGAUGGUGUGAUGGCUUCAUAAUCUCCACUGAUCAGAAGGGGAAGAUAGAGCCAUGGAGUCUUCUGGUGGGAGCAAAUAGUUGGGUCAGGAUCUUGCUCCCCUGUAGCAUGUUUUGGUUGUCCAUCCACUUGUCCUUUUGAGGUCCACACUAGCCCCAGAUAGUUACAAUAUUAGUAUGCCAAGUCUAUAUAAACGGAAGGCAAUGUGGUGGCUUUUUGGAGGCUUGGUCUUUCCCUGCACUUUUACCUUUUAAGGCAAGUAACUGCUAGGGGAAAGUAAGGGGCAGCGGGGGCUGUGCCUCAUUGUCUGUCUGUGCAAGCUAGUCAGCGGUUAUCAAACUGUGGGUCAGGACCCCAUUUUAAUGGAGUUGCCAGGAUUGGCAUUAGACUUGCUGGGGCCAAAGCCAGAGCCCUGCCACCCAGGGCUGAAGCCCAAGGGCUUCCACCCUAGGUGGUAGGGCUCAGGUCCUCUGGCUGUGGCUAAAGCCCUUGGGUUUCUGGUUUGGGCCAUGCCCUUUUAGCUUUGGCUCCCAUGGGGGACGGUGAAGUUUGGGAAGGCUCAGGCUUCAGUCCCCCCUCCUGGGGUCGUGUAGUAACUUUUCUUGUCAGAAGGGGGUCACAAUGCAAUGAAGUUUGAGAACCCUUGAGCUAGAUCAUAAUCUGAUUAAUAAAAAGCAACUCAAUUCCUUGAUUAGGUCCCAAAUUACUGUGACACUUCUCUAGGCUUGCUCUGGAUUCUCUUAGUUCUAAUGAUUCAGUUUAAAACUGUUCUGCAAGUUCCCCCAGUAAGCACUGAGUGCUUACUUCCAGAGAGCACCUAGUAUCCCAUGGAUACAGGGGAAAGAAGCAGAGCUUGGGACUUCGUAUCCGACUUGACAGGGGUUCCAGGUAGGCCCGAACAUUAGCUAGGGAUUCUAAUGUUCAAAGUGUUACAAAUAUUAACCCUUGCCUUUGAUUUCUAGGUAAAUCAGUGAUGCUGUAUGCAGCAGAAACAAUUCCAAAACUGAAAACAAGGACACAAAAAAUGGGAGGUAGUGAC